UCCCAAUUUCCUUUCCUCUUCGUGCUCGCGAUCGGACUCUUUUUGCCUCCCGGAAGCGCGAGCGAGGAAGGGAGAUCCAAGGAGGAGAAAAGGAACAGACUUGAGAUUCAGGCUUCUCAGAUCGCAAUCAUUGGAAGUCGAUCUCCUGAGGAUAGACUCUUGAUCCUCUGUCUUGGAAGAAUCCUAGGCAAAGGGGAGGAAGGAUGUCCGGCCAAGGUCAGCGCUUGACUGUGGUCCCGACGGUGACGAUGCUCGGGGUGAUGAAGGCCCGACUCGUUGGCGCCACCCGAGGCCACGCCCUUCUCAAGAAGAAGAGUGACGCCCUCACGGUGCAAUUCCGCACCAUCCUGAAGAAGAUCGUCUCCACUAAGGAGUCCAUGGGCGAGAUCAUGCGCAACUCUUCCUUCGCCCUCACGGAGGCCAAGUACGUCGCCGGUGACAAUAUCAAGCAUGUGGUGCUCGAGUCCGUCAAAUCCGCAUCCCUCCGCGUCCGGUCGCGGCAGGAGAAUGUUGCUGGCGUCAAGCUGCCACGCUUCGAGCACUUCGUGGACCAUGGGGCCGGGGAUGUCAAGUCUGACCUAACUGGUCUGGCACGCGGUGGCCAACAGGUUCAGGCUUGUCGUACUGCAUAUGUGAAGGCAAUUGAGGUCCUUGUUGAGCUUGCUUCCCUUCAGACCUCAUUCCUUACGCUCGACGAAGCCAUUAAAACUACUAACAGGAGGGUCAAUGCACUUGAGAAUGUUGUCAAGCCACGGCUUGAGAACACCAUUAACUACAUUAAAGGGGAGCUUGAUGAACUUGAGCGAGAGGAUUUCUUCCGUCUUAAGAAGAUCCAGGGGUAUAAGAAGCGGGAGAUUGAGAGGCAGCAACAGGCUGCAAAGAAUUUUGUGGACGAGCAGUAUGCAGAUAUCUCACUGAAGAGGGGAAUGUCAAUCAAUUCAGCUCAUAACUUGCUCGUUGUUGGAGCUGAGAAGGAUGCUGAUAUAAUCUUUUGAUGCCAUAGACAUUUUCGCAUACUUUGCGUCUAAUUGUGAACCGAGAAGGUGGUUGAGAGCAGUGGUUUCGAUGGAGGCCUCCCUCUACAAUUUACGGCUGGCGUAAGGUUCUCUUAAGUAAGAUGGGUGUGAAUUCAUUACAAUAACCAUCUACAUUCAACAUUCGAGGAACUCAUCAAAUAUGAUAAUAAAUCAUUGUACUUUCUCGACCUAUGUUUGAUUUACCAUACUUCUUUGCUAAAGUUUGCAGAAAUUGUUCUUGCAAAGGUUGUUUUUGUUCUUUGCUCAGUUCAUGUUGUUCAAUUUGAAGCUUACUUUUCCAUAAUGGACAUUGCCUAAAUGACUCCUUUUCGCUCU